CAGUGUUUCAGUCACAGUGUCGGUUCUCUUGUCUGAGUCAUUUUGGGCGAUGAAGGCUGGAAAACAGCUGCUGCUGCUGCUGGCAGUGUUCACAGUCGUGGCAAGAUGUCAGCAAAAGCCAAACGUUUUUAUGUCACCGAAUCUCACACAGAUCUUCACUGGGGAUUUAUUUUACCUGACUUGUAACGCAAGUGGAAACACAGUGAAAUGGUACAAAGAUGAUGUGGAACAACAGAUGUGGGCCGACGGCACCGUGAGGAUAGCAGUGACUUCCCCCAAAGAUUCAGGCAUUUAUCAGUGUCAGAUCAAUGGACCAAAGAGCGACCCUGUCCACAUCAAAGUCCAGGAUUACGUCCCCACUGCUUCCCUCAGCAUCAACACGGGUCAGCCCGUGAUGAAGACAGGAGACUCGGUUGUCCUUAAGAUCGAAAAUGAGGACGGCCUGCAGGGAUGGAACUGUUGGGUCAACAGAGGAGAGAAGACAAAUAAGGUUAAGUUGAAGCUGAAAAACGACACUGUGAGUCUGAACUUUCAGACCACCAAUCUGACAGUCCCUGAGACCAUUUACUGGUGCACGGAUAACACAGGAUGCAGAACGAACCAAAUCACUCUCAGGACCUCAGAUAAGCAGGUAUCACUGGAAAUGUACCCUCAGUCUGCUGUGGUUGGACAGAGUCUGACUCUGAGGUGUCUCGCGUGGGGCACAGAUCAGAUCAGUCACACUGUUUUCUACAAAGGCGACAGCGUCGUGAAGAAAGGUGGCAGCUCUAUCUACGAAAUUUCUCCCGUGUCAGACGAUACAGAAGGAACAUAUAAGUGUCACGCCACGUUCACACACGUGGCCCGGACUAGUGGACCUCCAUACAGUGUGUUGUCUGAUCAUCAGGACGUGCUUAUCCAAAAGCGUCCAGUGACAGCAGUGCUUUCUGAAGACAUGGUCUGCUCUUGUCAAUCGUGUCCUGGAAAUUGGUCCGAGCGCUACUACAAGAAACAUGAUCAGUCCUGGGUCCGUUUGAGCUCUAAGCCAAGCGGAGCUGGUACCUUCAGUUGUCGAGCUGUGGGGGCCAGGAUGAGGACGUCUCUCAGUGCUUCCAUUCAUGUUCCACAUCCCAAUCCAUCUGGAAUUUUGAUCAUAAUCCUAAUUGUUGGAUUGGUGGCUCUAAUUGUUGCAGCUGUGGCAUAUAUAUGGCAUAAGAGGAGAAACGCCACAGGGCCAAUUUAUGAUGAUGUGGCGCUGAGGUUACGAGAGGAAGGCGAUGCCAAAUAUGAGACGCUGCAGCAGGCUUCUGGGAGGGAAGCCGAAUACGAUACGCUUCACCCAGAAGCAGCAGCAACGGAGACGAAAAAGAGUGAAUAUGAACAACUGAGGAAAGACAAGAUGCAAGAAGGAGUGUACCACACUCUGGGGAUGGAAGGGACAGCAGCAGGAGGAGCAGCAGGAGGAGAGGGAGGGUAUGAAGCACUGAAUAAAGAGGCAAUGAAAGAGGGGGCAUAUCACACUCUGGGGAUGGAGGGGGCAGCAGCAGCAGGAGGAGCAGCAGGAGGAGAGGGAGGGUAUGAAGCUCUGAAGAAAGAGGAAAUGAAAGAGGGAGUGUAUCACACUCUGGGGAUGGAGGGGGCAGUCUGAGGAAAGGGAAAAGAAGAAGAGGAAGAAGGCCAAAGCGAGAGUGUAAUAAUGAGGAAGAAUGAAACAGAACAAGAGGAGACUGAACUAUUAAGGGAGAUGUCACUUUAAUGAUAAUUAAAAAUUGCAUUUUCUGCAAACCAGCAUGUCUUUGUCAUUAUGCUGAAGUUCAAAUUCUCUUAUUAAGACAUAAGUAUACAUACACUUUAAUGCUGUUUGGGGGAAACGAGUAACUUACUGUGUUCUUCAGGCUUAGUUUCUUGAAUAAGUCAAAUCUGUGACAGAGUAUAAGAAAACGCACAGACAUUUGUAUAAACAUGACUCUGAAGUGUAACUUUUAUGGCAACUGUGUCGUAAUAUUUAUCAAUUCUUUUCUAUCAUAUUCUAAAAAGUAUUCUGCAAAAUGUCCUCACAUGCUACGAAAACACCUUUCACGGUUUCAAAGCCAACAAGUGGUUGGUCUUUGAAGACAUCAACUCAUGUUUGCAGUGUUUAAGCUUAUCAUACAUAUACUGUAUUUCCAUUAACACUGUUUCACGUUUAUUCAUUUAACUCACUCAAACUAAGUCAGAUGGCAUCUUGCAUUGAGAUUUCUAUAUUUGGGUGUUUGAUCAUUCUGCUUUGGAGAAUAAACACAAUAACUGUUCAUAGAGGCAAUGCAGUUUUCUUAUAAUUUUGAUAUUCUUUGAUGCCGUCGUACAAAAACAGUGAAUAUUAUCACAGUUAUUUCUUUUCUGUCAAAAAAUAUACUUGCGUUGCCACCAUUUUGCAUAAUGUUCUAUCACUUGCACACAUAAAAAUGUUUUGUACAGAGAUUCCUUCUUUGCAUUGAAAUGUAAAUGUAUUUUACAAUAUGUAUUGUUCAUGAUAAAAGAUAUUGCUGCAUUCUGUGUUGAAAUAAAUGUAUUUUGAUUAAAUUUUAAUGUUUUUUCUAUUAAACCUAAUCACAAAAUUUGUGCUGAUGAACAUUUGAAUGGCUUACUAUUUUAAACCAGUGUAUACCAAUGAAAGUUUUAAGAGCUUUACCCAUUACAUGUACAACAAUAUGGUUUAUUGUUUGUGUCUUUUGACAGUCUUAAUCGACAAACUGAACUGUAACCUCUAUGAAUUAUAUCAUUUGCUACAAUAAAUCUCACAUAGCGAAAUUAGACAUAAAGAAAUAUCUAACAAAGCUCUGUGCCCACAUGUUUUACAGUCUCCAAAUGAUAUGUGGUCCACACACUUUAAGCUUAACUGGGUUUAAUAAAGCACGUGGUGUGAAGCUGA